GAUUUUGACAAAAACUGAUUACGCCCGCCAUCGUGUUUCUUGUUCGUGUUUUGUGUUAUCAAACAGAAAAAAAUAUCUUAAUCGUUACUGGUUCAUAACAUGGCCAUUGUGGAGGACGAAGUUAGAAAUGGUUCAGAAGAAGAGAAUGAGAUCGAAGUGGUGGUUGAGGAAGACGAGGCAGACCAAGAUUCCGAUGAUUCAGACGAUGAUGACGAUGAUGAGGCAGUCAUUGAGAAAAAAGUUGCAGAGUUAGUUGUUCGCAUAGCAGAUGACCCCUACAACUAUAAUGAUCAUAUUGAUUUGAUUCAAGCUCUUUGGAGUCUAUCAGAACUGGAUCGCUGGAGAUCAGCAUUUGACAGACUGCAGAAGCUGUCGCUACUUCGAGCAGAGCAUUGGCUCAUGAGACUGCAAACGGAAGACAGUCUAGCACACACACCACAGGCUCGUGAACAUAUUGCAGAACUGUUCCAACAAGCAACACUCGACUGCUAUUCUAUUCCAAUCUUGACGGAGUGGUGCUCUUGGUCUUUGGGUGCCGGAGAGUCGAUCUCAGCUCGGGACCAGCUUGAGGAGGUACUAAGUCGUGCGGGUGCUGACCCUCUCUCGGGGAAGAUCUUCUGGGAUGCAAAAUUCGAAUUGGAAAAGGCCAAGUUGGAAACCAUGAACGAAGAUAACCCAAACUAUAUAGAGCAAAAGAAGCGUGUACUAUGGUGCCUAGAGGAAGCAGUGUCCAGACCUUUGCUUCGCAGCGAGGAGGCGUGGCCACAACUGGAGGAGCUGGCGCUUUCUUUGCACAACCAGGACUAUGUUGAUAAGGUGAAAAAACAACACGAGGCAGCAUUAGAGUACUUACAGAAAAUAUCACCAUUUGAAGAUAGACUGUUGACCACUGAGGAUCCUGAAGAGAAAUGUAAGAUAUACCAGGAGUACAUCAACACUGUGAAGGAAUUGUCCCGGGAGGACAGAUAUUCUGAAUGUGACAGCAAAAGCAUACUUAAGGUGUUGUACGAUCGCGCGACCACCGAGUGCUUGUCGUGCGAGGCUUCUCACGAGCUACUGCUGGCGUUCGUGCGUCACGUGCGCUACACGUCGUCGCGCGCCACCAUACACCGUGUGCUCGAGCUGUGCGCGCGCCGCUGCCCGCGCAAGGCCACCUUCUGGAUACUCAAGAUGCAGCAGGCCGAGCACGAGGACAAGGGGAUGGAUGAGGUGAAAUCUAUAUUCGAAAUGGCGCUCUCCAAAGGCAUGGAAUCGUACAAGCAAGCAGAGGUGUUGUGGCUGAGCUACUUGGAGCAGGCACGGAGACAGACUGACUUCGGUACACAGGACCAAGUGGACAAACUGAGACGCACAUUCCGGCUUGCUUGGGACUCACUGGCUGAGGCCUGGGGAGAAGAAGCAAAUGACUGUGAGGUACCGUUGUUUUGGGCUCGCCUCGAGUAUAAAAGAAUAAAAGAUCCCGUGCAAGGGAAGGAAAUAUUUGAAGAGAUAUUUAAAUACGGAGAUAAUAAAACGCUGUCCAAAUAUUGGGAGGCGUUAAUAAACUUGGAACGCACUAGAGACCCACCCGCGCACGAACGCAAAUUGCGCGAUUUACACAAAAGGGCGCUGCGUAGCGUCAACGACUACCCGCCGUCGGUCGCGCGACUGUGGACCGACUACGAGCGAGACUACGGGCAACUCGCAACAAGCGUCGAGUGCGCGGAGUUAUGUGAGGAAAAACUCAAGACCUGGCGUGAAAGUUAUCAAACAAUGAAAGACAAAAUGAUCGGGCAGAAGCAAAAGGGUAAACAGAAUCCUAACAAGAAGGCCAAAGUUGAUAACAAAAAGAAGAAGGACGAAAAAUCCAACAAGGGGAAGAGAAAGUCUGAUGGGAGUUGUGAGGACACAGAGGCGAAGAGGAAAAAGGAUGCAGAUAUGGAAGUGGACGUGCCAAACGAGGAGGGAGAUACUGGAGGCGGAGUUAAGAGGUCACAUGAUGAGGAUGAAGAAGAAAAAGCAGACAAUAAAAGACAAAGAAAGGAAAGUUCAUCAGACCCCGGCGCUACUGGCAGAGAGGCUUGCACGCUGUUUGUUAGCAAUCUGGAGUUCAAAGUAAAUGAAGAGAACUUAAGGAAGAAAUUAUCAGAAUACGGCGACAUUGUCUCCAUGCGAGUGAGGGCGGGCGUCAAGGCUUUCGGUGGAUCCAUUUGUUACUGCCAAUAUAAGACACCGGAAUCAGUGGACAAAGCGGUGAAGCACGACAGAACCCCGCUGGACGGGCGGCCAAUGUUCCUCUCGCGGUACUCCGCUACCAAGAGCAAGCCUACGUUCAAGUACGCAAUGACAACGGAGCGCAACAAGCUGUUCGUACGCAACCUGCCGUACUCGCACUGCACCAAGGAGGCGCUCACGGAGAUAUUCGAUAAGUUCGGCAAACUGAAGGACGUUCGAGUUGUGACCUUCAAAGACGGCAAACCGAAGGGCCUAGCGUACAUAGACUACGAGGAGGAGCAGCCCGCGUCGCUGGCUAUAGAGAAGACCAACGGGCUGAUGGUGGGCGACAGGAAGAUCGAGGUGGCGGUGAGCGCGCCGCCGCCGCGCCAGGACCCCGGCACCAGCGCCGCGUUGGGCCAGCCCAAGAGAGACGCGGGGGGCGGCAUGAGAAGAACACAACUCAGCAGUUUCAUACCAAGGGUUCUACAAACACAAACAGCAUCCACCUCCACAGCCAAGUCCAACGGUAACCAUAGCAACGGAGACCAAAAGCAACCCCUGAGUAACACGGACUUCAGAAAUAUGUUACUAAAUAAAUAAUCAUAAUUAUUAUUACUCGAGAAUCAAAGUAUUGCAUGUAUUGGGAGGUGGUCGUCUCGAAUGUUUCUUGUGCUGUAACUAUCUUAUAAUAAUGUUGGUAUCAUACUCGUAACACGCCACGUGUGGUGAAUUUACGGUACAGGUUUUGUAUGUCGCUUAAAUAAAUGGGAGGUCUGAAUUUCGAAUUCCAGUUGGGAUUAGUAUUUUCCAAAUUGGUCUCUUGGCGAAGGCACCGCCAUGCAAUUUAGCAUUUCUUUGCGAUACCGCAUAGAAACGAAUAAAGUGAAUAAAUAAACUUCGCGCUUCACAUUAAGUGAGAAUGCAGUCAAGCGUUCGAUUUACGUCGAAUGAAACUUUUUUUAUGAAUAAACAAGUUUUUUUAAUUAAUUCGCAAUAGAUCACACCGUACAAUUUGGUAUAGAUUUCGCCAAAUGCGCUCUGAAGUUGCCACUCAUCGAAGUGCGCAUAUACAGGGUGCUCGGGAGUAUUGCCCACUACUCCAGGGUUAUAUUCUUUAAGAAAAAUCAAUUAAAAUUGUGUUAAGGAAUAUGAGUUCUAAAAUAAAUAUUUUUGGAUUUUACUCCAAUUAUAUAAUAUAUAUUUCUUUUGUAAAUAUAGAUAGAUUCAUUUGUGUCCCAUAAAUCGCAUCCUUAUAUUAUGACCUAGCCAUACGUAUUUUAUAAUGGAAGGGUAAAUAAAGGCGUGUGUUACAUGUAUAGUUGGAAUUAUUUAAAUUACUAUAUAUGAAAACAAUUUUUUUUAUAUUAAAAGAUUUUUUUAGUUAAAAUAUAUUUAAUAUGCGGUUUGGUUCCUAUAAGUGGACUUGUCAACACCUUGAAGUUAUGGGAAAUAUUCCGCAACACCCUGUAUAACCUCGUUGUUCGGACUAGACUUGAACUUUGGCGAAUCAGGGUUUAUUUGGUAUUUCUAGUACGAAAAUAUGGAUUAAUUUGAAUCGACACCCUCAGCGUCUGGUGGUGUUAGUGUGUCCGAGUCAUAAUACACUCCUUAUGUGCAGUGGCGUGCAUGAGGUUUUUAACUAGGAUAGGCUUUACACUUACAAAUUGUUAAAUGGAAUUAGUUCUUCACUACCGGUUUGUAAUGUGUUGAAUACACAUUAAUAAAGCAAUAAUUAAGGUAAGCCGUUUAUUUUUGCUUCUAUGGUGUGCACGCCACUGCUUGUGUGUACCUAAAAUACAGUAUUUACGAUAUUUCACUAUGUAUAUAAGCUUCUAUGGCACACAACAAGUGCGUAUAAUAUAUAUGUAACCUACAGUCAAGAGUCAAACAUUUAUCUAUAAAGCCGGGUCCACAUUCGUCCGACAUGAUCAUUGAUCAUUGUGGAAGUUACCUAGAACAUACAAUUUUAUAGAUAACCAAAAAUCAAUAUGUAAGAUUGUUCUUUGUCUUAGCAUACUCUACAAUGUAAAGGAGAUGAUCCAUUUCAGGUCCACUCUUGUACCCCGUAUCAUUAAAAUUUAAAAAAUACAAGUACUUUAUUAAAAUCUAAAUAAGUCAAUAAAUCUGAGGAAAUAAAAAGAAAUAAAUAAAAUUAAAACCCAAGUUUUUGAGUUUUAUCAAGAUGGCGCCCAUAAAGCAACUAUGACAUGACAAUUGACAGCAAACGUCAAAUCAACUACUGCAUUGAAAACGUCAUCAAUCCGCCAUUAUUACCCAUAUUAGUGUUGCAUUUUUUGGGAGAGAAUGAAUAUUAUUUCGAAAGAAUUAAAGUAAAUUCGUAGAUUUGUAUAAUCAAAAAUAUUUAAAAAAUAUAUUUUUUUUAUUUCCGCCAAAGUACAAGGCUGAUCCUGAGCUCCAUACAGUUUUGGACCAUCUCCUUUCCCGGUCUCAUCGUCUGUCUUGACGUCUACGUCGCCAGAAUGUUGUGUAAAAUGUUUUGCAUUGCAUAAGAUCUCCCAUUCCUAUCCAUAAAUUUUUGGUCUAACAACAGACCCAUACGUUUGAUUCCUUAGAUGGUAGGACGAAAAUUUACUACUGUAUCGAUGGAUAGGACAAAAAUUGACUACUGUAUCGAUGGAUAGGACAAAAAUUUAGUACUGUAUCGAUGGAUAGGACGAAAAUUGAUUACUGUAUGGAUGAAUAGGACGAAAUCUGACUACUGUAUCGUUAAUACUGUAUCCCGUUUUAUUUAUCGGCACUGCGUAUCAUUACUAGUCCAAUUAAACGACAAUGAUACGCAUCGGCGAUACGAAUACGGGCAAAUACUACAAAAUACAAAUGUGGACCCGGCUUAAUGAAUAUCAAAAUUUUUUUCAAGCAUUUUAGCCCUUUGCUCUAUUCUUAGUGAAUACUUUGCAGAUCCUUAUAAGGAUUCCUUCAAAACUUAGGUAGCAAUAGGUAUUUUUGCAAAUGCAAUGAGUAUUAUUCGCUGAACAAAUCAUCCUGUAUACAGUAGUAACAUAUUUGGGUGAUUUUCAACAUUUUCCUCCUUAUCAUUGAUGUCCUUGUUUUAUGUAAUGAUAAGUGAUAUUUUGAAUUUUACAAAUUGUUAUGUAUUCUGUACUUCUUCUCUUAUUUGAAACGUAGACAGUGAAAUAUAUAGACAGAUUAACAUUCAUCGCAUUACCUCAAAAAGAGAACAAUUGACGCUGAAGCCUGAAAAUUGAGCCCAGUGGAUAUGAUCUCUGCCUCCAAUUCCGGAGGGUGUGGGUUCGAAUCCGGUCCGGGGUAUGCACCUCCAACUUUUCAGUUGUGUGCAUUUUAAGAAAUUAAAUAUCACGUGUCUCAAAUGGUGAAGGAUAACAUCGUGAGGAAACCUGUACACCAGAAAAUUUCUUAAUUCUCUUCGUGUGUGAAGUCUGCCAAUCCGCAUUGGGCCAGCGUGGUGGACUAUUAUA